AUGUACCGAAGCCGAAUGUACCGUUAUUACGAGUACAGAGAAACGGACGAUGGUCUACAAGUUUCUAAUUCUUCUGACCCCCCUAUCAAACAAAGAUGGCGGGAUUUGAUUGCCCGGGAAAAGGAAGUGUUGGCUUCCAAACAUUGUAAUGUAUCCGUGGACGGAUUUCACUAUCCCAAUUACACAUUAUACAUAAAUUUUACUGUUUUCUUCAAACCCACUGAGCAGAGUUUCACAAGGCAAGAUUACGGAGUCAGUUUUGGAUAUUUUGCCAUUUGUUCGGCGAAGCUUAGUCUGUCCUGCAAUGAUUAUUUAGUUGAAGUGAAAUACGGCGAUCAGUAUAACGUUUUGCAAAACUUUUCGCUGUUUACAAACAACAAGAUGUACGACUAUCGUGAAUAUCGACUCGGUAACGAAGAUCUUGAAAUGUGUGCUUCAAAUUAUUCAAGAAUGCGGACCAUUUGGAGAGCUAGAAAUUCGUGGGAAAAGUUUAAAGACCAGCAUAAAUGUCGCGGAUCUGUUAAAAAUAUAUAUGCAUGGUACGUUGUGAAUAAGCAGUUCACUGUCUAUCUCCCACCUUGGAGUCAAUAUUUCACAAGAAAUGACUAUGGCGUGAAAGAUGGUAAUCUUAUAGUAUGCCAAGAAAACUUUAAACUCAUAUCGAAAAAGUAUACCCAGGAAGAUCUAUUAAUGUUCAACGAUUCAAUCAUCAAUAUAAAAUAA